AUGACAUCUAAAAAAACUGGUUUGGCUUUUUCUGGUGGUGGCAUUCGGUCAGCAGCACUAUGCUCUGGAGUCCUACGCAGGCUGCUAAAGGAUAAAGCAAAAGUAGACUACCUGAGCUGCGUGUCAGGGGGUGGUUACACAGGCACAUCCUUUCUGGAUUGGAAAUACAGAAAAGAGAAGAAAACAGAGGACAGCGAAGAAUGGCAUGAAGAGUUCUUUGACAACAUGCGACAAAGAGCAGGUUACUUUUGUAACUGGGAGAAGCCACGUCAAGGAAUCGUUGAUACAAUUGUUAUGAUCCUCCUCGUACUCACUGUCACCUUCAUUGAACCGAUUGUCAUAUAUGGAUCAUACGCAUUUCCACUUGCCUUCAUCAUCGAUUACCUUUUCGGAAAGUUACUUCGAGCCAAAAUGGAUUGUGAUCAGUUUGCACCAACCCGUACUCCAUGUCCAGAAAGCGUAAUUUUCUCUAAGAUUUCCCUGUUUACGGUUCUGGUCAUGUCAUUUGUCAUCUCCUACAUUCUGUCGCAAUGGUUACCUAGAAGGAAGUCUAAAUAUUUCAGACUUUUCUCAAUAAUUUCCUUCUUACUUCUUUCUCUUACUUUCCUUCCAUUUGCAAUCAACGAUUUUUUCAUUAAAAUCCCCCUGUGGAGUCGGGCGAUCAUUGUAGUAAUUGGUGUGGUACUAUGGUUCGUCCUACCUCUGUUGCGGGACAAAACGUCCUACGGCAUUCUAAUCUAUCUCUACUCUUACAUCAUCUAUUGGAAAGUGUACAAAGCCAAGAUUAUUGGUGUUGUGUAUUCUGAUGGGCUGUUUAAUGGGCUGCUUUUUACCUCUGGGUUUAUCAUGUGGUUUGUUCCCUACCUGGCACAAUCAAGGAAGAGGCUCGUCCAUAUCUUCAACAGGUAAGACUCAAAAAGGUAAUGUUUAUCCGCAGAAAAGAAAGGUAAGGUCGGUACUGCGGCCAAGCGGUCCUCCUAGCCGAAGCUUACCCGGCUAUCCUGGCAUGACUAGAAGUAUCACUACCCCUCCCCCCCCUCCCCCAAGAAUUUCAUCAGUCUUCCUUGACAGUUCGCUGGUACCAAUUUUUACUCCGGUGUGGAGAGAGGAACUGUGAGCGUUCAUUGUUUUGCCCAAGAACACACCACACUGACCAGGCCAGGUCUCGAACCUAGACCUCUCGAUCUCCAGAAGUUCAGCGCACUAACAAUUAGGCAACUGCGUCUACCUUAUCCGCAGAAUGAUUACUUACUUAAUCACUUUUAACUCUACCCAUUUGCAGAUGGAGACUUCAGAAGGCAUUUUACUCAAAGGAAAGUUUAGCUACCAAGGGAUGUCUGGAAAUACUCCAGGAGAUUUUCUGCCCUUUGUGGACAUGUCUGAAGAGAAAACAGAAGCGGGAUUCUGGUCACAGAGAACAGAGAGGUAGCUUUAAUUCUUUGGCGGAUGACAUUGAGCCAGUAAAGAAAAGAUCUUUGAACCUGGCAGAUCUCAGAGGCCUAGAACCUGAAUAUAUAUCAAACAUGACCAUCCACAGCUGGAAGGAAGAGGCAGAUUCUGACACGGAUGAUGAUCUCCUGACAAUGUCGCCUACCACAAUAGAGCGCUUAGAUCGAGGUCCAUCGACUGUCGAUCCAUUCAAGGAUAGGCUGAGGCCUCGAGAUAUAGAGUUGUCAGACGCCAUGGCAACGUCUGCAGCAGCAAUUUCCGGGUACGGUGAUAACCUUAGGGAAUUGCGCGUUGCCACGAUUCUUGGACUCGAAAUGGGAGCCACAGUGAUCAGCAACCUCGAGGCAAUUAAAAAGGAGGGAUGGCUCAUGAAGGUAAGAGGUUGCUCAACCAGGGAUCAGAUAAGUUACAUCUUACAAUAACUACUGAAGGACUGCUGAGAGUUAUGGUCUUCUCAGGGAGUUUCUUUCUAAGCAUGAUAUUCGUUUGGCAAGGAUAUACCAUGCUUUGCGUGCCUCGGUGCAGUUGAGAUCAGCUGCUCUGACGGAAGAGGAGGGGGGAGCUUAGGGGGGAGGCAGGAUUUUAUGGAAUCAUAGGGUUUUCAGGGGGAACUGUGGAGAGAUCGGUCGUUGCCAACUGAUUAUAAAGGACAAACAUUGCCUGUCAGAGAAUGUUACAGAGCCUUAUGGGAAGAUCUGGUAAACGUUAUUGUGACACUACCAAAAUCUACCAACCCCUGAUAAAUAAUGACUGAUCCCUAAGCAUGACAUUCCCUCUGCAAGUACAUAUCAUGUUUAAACAGAGUAACAGUAAGGUAACCUUCUUGACUCUGUCAUUAAUUAAUGCUUUAGGCCUGCAUGUAUCUUUUUCUCUUUACAACAGCUCCUCCCAAUUCUCAUCAACAUUCUCCGUGGUCUUCCAUUGAUCGCUGUACCAGCGGUUUAUUAUAGAGGAGGACAUGUGUGGUCAAUUAAAGCAGGAGUAUUCACAUUCUUUGCAAUUCACCUCAUGUUGGCUUGUAUUGGAGCUCUCGCUGAUACAGGAGCUCCGAACCCAAACUUAUGGGAGAAGAUAGCCAGGUAAGGAUUGUAUAAAUCUGAGCACCUUACGAUGGUGUGGAUAGACCCACACCAAAAUAUUAAAAAAUGCCUGAACAAUCUGAACAAUGGGAAAUAUCCGGAGGAGCACGGGAGAGCUCGUGGUAAAUUGCUCAAUGCAAACAGCCUCAAGGGCAGGAAAAAUGAGCAGGACAACAUUGGUCUUCCUAGCUAUUUGGUUCAGAAGGUGGUCCACUCAGCUUAAUUAAGGCCUGGGUCACCUUGCCUUUAACCCAUAUUUUUCACAAAAUUGAGAAUAACUUAGCUAUUUUGCGAGGGAUUUUUCUCAUACUUGGCAGAAAUGUGUAUCACUAUCAUCUCUCUCGGACUGAGUUGUGGCAGCGUAAUAUGAUACUCUCAACAGCCAAAAACAGUUAAUUUAGGCGCCAAAUUCGUCGGUUGCUUUCUUGAGCAAAUUCCCACCACUAAACAUAAGGCAAAUGAAAAUGCAGUUAUCGCUAUGAAUAUUUGAGACGUUUUUCAUUGUUUUCCCACUUGGAAUGGCUGCCAAAAAAAAGAGAGAUGUGCUAGGCAGAUUAAAUCAAGUUUUGUCUCUGCGAAGCUGCUUCCUCUAUCAUGGUUUUCGCCCGAAAACAUCUUAGCCUUUACCUGGUUCCAACCGCUGUCAAUGAAAGUAAUCCUACAGGUUCCUAUUUAUUUGGAAAAAAGACAAAUUAAAACUGUUUAAGAGGUGGGAAUUUUGAAAACUCGCAGUCACGUAUUCAACUUAGUGUCCGCCAUUUUGACGCGCGAGUGUUCAGAAGCAAUUAAACUUACCUAACAACUGCUUUGGGGGAUUACUUUUGUAAGUAAAUUCAUCUGCUUCUUGGAGAAAUUGUUUCCAAAGCAUUCAAAAGCCUAAAUUUUGAUAGACACCAUAAGUAUACACAUCAUGAUAUGAUAGAGGAUUUAUCAAGCUAAAUUUAAUUUCAAAAUUGAAUGGUAUAUCCACAAUGAAACUUUUUUCUAUGCAUUUGUUACAAAACAUAGUACUUUUUUCUAUGCAUAAGUUACAAACAUUGUAAAACGCUAUUGAGCUCUAGAAAUGAGCGCUAUAUUAUAAAUUCAUGUUGCAUUGUAUUUGCAGUGAAGUCAAUGAACAUGUUGAGAGCGGUGUUUAGAAGUCUUCGUAGGUUCAAAAGGGUUCUCUUUGGCUUUAAGAUAGCGAUAUCAUGCCAUUUUUUGAGGAAAUGACGAUAGCAAAGAAAAUGUUUUUACUUUCUUUUGAUGUCUUCCUCUAAAUUGUCGGAUUCACCAGCGAAGAUGGGAAAAACCAAUGCAAAGCCGACACUUCAAAAUGGCGGAUGCCGUUCACGAACUACGCGAUCUUGAUUCCAAGUAACUAUAGUUACUCGCGCAGUCCACGCGAAUUCCGCGAACCUUGCUGGGGGGGCACUGGAGGCGAAAAUCAUUUUUGACCCAGGCCUUAAUUAACCUGAGCAGGGUUUUGAUUAAAACCAAAGAAAUUCUUGUAUUCCUUUGGCACUCCACUGGAGUCACUCUAAAUGAUAAGAUGAAGAAACCCAAAAUGUCCAUUCCUCAAUUAUGGUGACCAGGUUAAUCCUGAUCAGAAGUUAAUUGAAAUGAAAGCUUUCUGUAAUUAUAAAUGAAAUAUAUGAUCAUUGUGGUUACUUUGUAAAUCGUCACACGACUUGAGCCCACUCGAAUCACGGAGAGUGGUAAAAUUCUCGGUCACUCACAGUUUGAAAAAGACCAUUUUUCAGAUAAACUGUCCUUCUUUAUAUGUAUAUAUUUGGCUCUGACGAUGGGCUAACGCUCGAACCGAAGAAUCUCUUUAUGGUGGCCCAUUUACAUUAUCAACUUAUUUGACAAAACCAAAUCAUCUUGUAAUACCUUCCACCGAUGCAGCAUCACAGUUUCUUUGGAAAAAUUACCCCCUUUAAACAAAUAUAUAUUAUGUUUUUUAACCUAGGUGGUUCAUCGUACACGUUUCCUUUGUGAAGUUCGUGAGAGUAGGCCUUAACAUUGACAACAUCGGACCCAUGCCUCCUCCCAUCAUGCUACUUAGCGAUGGAGGCCACGUGGAAAAUCUUGCUAUUUUGCCAUUGUUAAAGAAGAAACUCAAGAAAAUUAUUGUGGUGGAUGGCAGUUACUAUUCCAAUGAGAAGAAUUAUGGGGAAGAACUACUGAAAGCACUGAUGCUGGCUCGUAGAGACCUGAAUUGUUCGUUUAUUGGCCAGGGCGGUCGUGACGUCAUUUCAGACCUGUUGGAGAAUUUCGUGAAGCUUCAGCAACCAAAUGAAAAAAAACCACGACAUUUCAGGUACAUGUCUAUGAUCCUUUCCGUAAUUUACUGCCACCUCUUCUUUGUCGUCGAGCGCCGCUUUAAACAAGACACCUGACAAGACUACCGACACCUGAUUACACUCAAUCAGGGAAGCACUGGUGUUUUUUCGAGUGGGAGGUGGGAAUGAGGGGAAGUACGACCUUGAGUUGGCGCAAGAGAGAAAUGAGGUUCCAUUUUUUUCUAUUGAUUUGGGAUAGCGAGUCUAUUCUUGGUUAUCGGAUCCAUACCAAGGCUUGUGUAUCGUGUGAAGCUUGGACCGAGUUCACCAUUUGCAGUUAUCUUCAGCUAAUCUUUUUUCCUUCUUGGUUUAUCACUGCCUGUUUCAUAGUUUUGUAUCUUGUCAAAGUACUACAUCGUUUUCUCUUUUAAGAUGAACGACGUUCUACACGACAUAAAUUAAAUGGCAUAAAUUCAAUGUAAGCUAGAAGCUCUUAAAAUUCAAACAUGCUUAUAAUCUCUUGCUUCAAAACAAUAAUUUUUAAUCUAUUGUUUCUUCUUUUUCGCUAGAUUUAACGUUGAAUACUACGAAAACGACCACAAAGUUGGUGAAGGCGAAAUUUUGUUCAUUCGGCCAAGAGAUCCGCGAAAAGGUGAAAGGAGCGAGGUCAAAACCUGGGAAGAGUUUGGUUUCCAUCUGGACGCACGUGACUGGGGGAAUAGUCCAUUUCUGAACGAAGACGAAGUCGACAAGUUGACCUUCUGUUGUUGUGCAUGUUGUAACAAAAAGUCCUAUUUGAGCGGUUUAUCUGAGCUCCUCUGCCACAAGUUCCCGAAUCACAGCACAGCUAAUCAAUUCUUCACGCCUUUAAUGUUCUCCGCCUAUCAUCGUGAAGGCUUCCGAGCAUGCGUUGAAGCGGAAGCUGCUGAAUUUCUCAAGGACAACCACGAUGUCCUUGAGGUGUGACUGUUACUCAACCUAGAGUGAGUAUAUGUGGCCAACCUAUUAAUAACCAAACAUGUACGC